CACUUAGCUGGCACUUGUCACCAAAGACCUUGAUGCUUUUAUGAAGCGAUUUAGAUGAAGUGCCUAGCUAAAGGAUAUAAAAGCUGCUCCCCUCCUGGGAUUUGGACCUGCAAUCGAUUGGUCACAAGGACAGUGCCUUGACACCCACUGGGGAUCAGUGUCCAGGAUGCGUUCUCCACGAAAGGCGGUGUUGCUGGUGAUCGUGGCCUCGGUGCUGCUUGUGGCGGCCCUCCUCCGCUCCUGGACGCCACGGACCUACACGACCGUGGAUGUGCGCCAGAGACCAGGGACCGAAGCCGAGAAGCUGCUGGAGGAGAGGCUGCAGGACUCGGAUCAGCGAUACGCUGGGAUUCCCUUUCGUCUGAAGGAGAGUGUGGCUAGCCUACUCGCACGAAAUGGAUGUGUUUGUGAAAGUGAGGGGAGUAGCAUGAACCUGCCCUUCACCCAGCUGCUGUUUCCGAGGGUAUCGGCCCACCCUCUCCACACGGCCUUCAAGGCCUCUGAGCUGGGAGAAGUGAAGCGGCGCCGGGCCCAGGAGUACCACAGCUUCCAGAUGAGGUCCCAGACUCCUGCAGAUGUGCUCAUUGUUGCAGAAGCCAACAGCCCUUUGCAGUAUCCCACCCAGGGUGUGGAGGUUCGCCCCCUCAAAACCAUCCUUAUCCCAGGCUUAGCCAUAGAAGAAACACCCAGAGAACUUCAUCAGGUGAACUUGACAGGCACUCUAGGAACUUUCAAUUUAGCAGCGGAGGUGGAGGGGGUAAAGGUCAGAGGUGAAGGAGAGAUGCACAUGACUCUUUCAAGCAGCCUCCUGCCCCACUUGAACAGGCAGCUCCAGUUUGUCACCUACACGAAUACCCUGUUCCAUCCCAGCACUGCUGACACAGUGCAGUUUGAGACAGAUGGGCACCAGGCAGCCUUCACCAUCAAGGUUCGCCAUGGCGCCACUCCAAAGCUCUACAACCCGGGACCCAAAGGAGAAUACAAUAUCAGUGCCCUGGUCACUAUAGCAACCAAAACAUUUCUGCGUUAUGACAAGCUGCAAAAUUUAAUUGACAGCGUACGUCGUUACUAUCCAGACGUCACCAUCGUCAUUGCAGAUGACAGUGAGCACCCACAACCGGUCACAGGCCCCCACAUCGAGCACUAUAUCAUGCCUUUUGGGAAGGGAUGGUUUGCAGGGCGAAAUUUGGCCGUGUCUCAAGUGACCACGAAGUACGUUCUCUGGGUAGACGAUGACUUCAUCUUCACGGCCAGCACUAGGCUGGAGAAGCUUGUGGAUGUGUUGGAGAGCACCACCCUAGACCUGGUCGGCGGGGCAGUGCGCGAGGCCACAGGCUACACUGCUACCUAUCGGCAAACCAUCUCCAUCGAAGCCGGUGAGGAGGAAGGAGACUGCCUGCACAUGCGGAGGGGCUUCCACCAUGUGGUCCAGGGCUUCCCCAAUUGUGUCAUCACUGAUGGGGUCAUCAACUUCUUCCUAGCCCGCACCGACAAGGUUCAGCAAGUGGGCUUCGACCCUCGGCUUGCAAGGGUUGCCCAUCUGGAGUUCUUCAUCGAUGGUCUCGGCUCCCUCCACGUGGGCUCCUGCGAUGAUGUCAUUGUCAGUCACGCUACCAAGAUCAAGCUGCCCUGGCACCAGUCAGAGAGCGAUAAGACCUACGCCAAGUACCGCUACCCUCCGGCUUCCUCCGAUGCCACACACACCAAGAAUGGUCUACUGUACUUCAAAAACCGGUUCCAGUGCUUGACCCACAAUUGAACUUGUCUGUUCAAUUGAAGUGAAUCUCUUUGAGAUUCACUGUCUGGGUUCCUAAGGAAGCCCAGGUCCUAAGGGAAGUCCAGUUGUCCUGGGUCACACAGUUCUGUCCUCCUUAGAGAGGGUAGGUUUUCCCUGGGGGGUUUUCUUGUAGUUUAAAUGACUUGUACCCCCUACAUACCCCUCACCACCCAAACCUCAGUCUGCCAGUGCAUUGAAAGCCUCUAGUAUUUUACCUUCUCUUCAGGAUACCUACCUUAUACUGGAUGGAAAUAGAGUAUGCUUAAGAAGGGCCACUGAACCUCAAAGGGAGUCUUACUGCAUUAGUUGUUACAUUGACUCACUCAGAUGUCAGUAUUGGGUCAUUAGCCUCACGGGGCAAAGACAGGCACCAUCAGAUGGUAUGCAUGUCAGUAAUGACAUGGGACAUCCAAACAAGUGAAACGGGCUCGAAGGCCGUCAUUUCUCUGGAACACGUGUUAAUUCCUCCAGUGUUACUGAGGAUUCCUUGUGCCAUGAUCAAGUAACAAAAGAUGGUAAAGGUUUGUGCCCAUCCCUGUCUUCGCAGGAGAGUGUGAUGGAGAUGUUCUCUUUCCAUCCGGAAUCAUCAGUGUGUAUGGUUGCUGCCGGAACUUCCUUGAGUAACCUAGAGUGCCACCACUGAUCCAAAAACUGGUUUACCUGUAACACAUUCUCUUUUGUCUACAGUCUUAGAUGAGGAAUCAAUGGAUUUUUUUUUUUUUUUAGCUUUGAAAAUUUAGGAAAUUACACAUGUACCCCAUCAGAUUUCCAAUUACCUCCCCUGUGCGCAGUGUUAUUCCUCGAUGAAAUUGAAGCAUAUCGCCCCCUUUAUACUACUCCCUCCUGAAUUGUUUGAACUGGAAACUGUUUUUAUACAGCAGGACUUUACUGUGGAUAAGUAAGUGCUACACCUCUGAUAAAUGUGCGUAUGUGCUGUGAUUUUUCUUAUUUUUUUCUAACCACUAGAUGGCCUCCCUACACCACUUCUUUUUAAUGAAAUAGCAGCAAUUUUCAAUUUCCCCUCGCUUGUUUUUCUUGGAACAAAAUGACAUGAACAUAUAUGAAUUUAGCCAUGAGUGUGGAAUUUAUAACUUUUAACAAAGGUUUAUUUUUUAACCCUUAGUUCUAUGUUCCAGAAGAAUGACCAGGUUAGAACGCAGAGACAAACCUAUUAGAGCAUUUGGACAAAGACAUUAGUGACUGAUAUAGUAAGUAAAACAGCAGUAUCUUUUUGAUCAUUUUUAUUCAAUGAGAGCAUUCACAGCACUUGCAGAACAUGGACAAAGGAAUAAAUUGAGUACUGUACUCUGUGAGACCUGAAAGAUUUUUUGUGUGGUUUUCACAACAUCGAGUACCCCUUUUUGUCAUUUUUCCUCAAUUAAAUUGACACU